AUGGAUAUUCCCGAAUAUAUUGAUGAUCCCGACGACCUGCCUCCUGAGGUGGACGUCCACGGGGAACCUCGAAUGAUUGAGAAUGGGUGUGAUGUCAUGCCCGACGAUUGGGACGAAGAAGACGAUGGCGAGUGGGCGCCUGCUCUCGUCGAGAAUCCCGACUAUCAAUGGACCCCGCGACAAAUUCGAAAUCCAGAGUACGUAGAACCACCAACAUUUUCAGAAAAGUUAUACACCGAAGUCCAGGCAGCCUUGCCGUGGGUCACACUGGGCAUUCUGCUGACGGGCCUAUUAUCGAGUGUCACGUCAAAUCUACCAUUGGAUUUGUUUAUGACAGGUCUCUUGAACACCAAUACCAAUGGCACGGGUAUAGUGCAACUUCUAUGGGCGGCCGUGGCAGGACUCACGGUCCCCUUGUGCAGCUGUGGAGCCUUACCACUGUGUGCCGGGCUCCUCCAUGGAACCAGCAGCAAUACUCCAGGAUUACCUCUUUCCAUUGUCAUGGCCUUCUUGACGGCCUCCCAAUCCGCUGGGAUCGAUAGUGCAGCCAUUACCUAUGGAUUACUAGGACCCACCGCCAUGAUGGGACGAUUGCUGGGAGCCAUGCUUCUGGCCGUGGCGGUGGGAUUGGCAUGUCCUUCUUCAUCCCAUAAACAACAGUCGAAAACCAAAAAUCUGCUAGAAGAGACGUGUCAUCCAUCCGUCUCGACCUACUCUGGCAUUGUCACUAUUUGGUUCGAGACAGCCCUGGAAAUCUACCCGACGGUCUUGACUGGAUUGGCGCUCAGCACGGCUGCCUUGCACUAUCUACCCUCCUUGACCAAUUACAGCAGUUUUCACAAUGACGAAACAACAACCACCACGACUACUGCUAUAAUUCACACACUCCUCACGAGAGGAACCGUCCUGGCAUCGGCCAUUCCACUCCAAUUGUGCGAACACACAUCCGUCACAUUGGCUGCUGCGUUGCAAAAAGCGGGCGGAUCACCGGGAUUGGCGUUUGGAUUCUUGCUGUCGGCACCCGCCAUCAAUCUGCCCAGUCUCUUGUUUGUCGCCACGGCGGCUUCGGUCCGCGCCAUGCUACAAAUCGUCACGACUCUCACCGUCACGGCCGUCAUUCUCUCUUGUGUGGCGGAUGCCGCCCACCUCGAUUUCAUGGCGGGACAUGCCACGGGAGAUAUGGCCACCCUGCCCGACUGGUUUGCUGGGAAUUGCACUUAUCUAGCGGUCAUGCUGGUGGUGGGUGGGCUGCUGCAAAAGUAUUCCACGACAGCAUCCAAUAAGAGUGGGGACUGUUGCGAUACUAGCAACGGCAAGAUCAAGGCAGAAUAA